GUUGCUUUCCAUUUACCGCUAACCGAACUUGCCAACCGGCGCUCGGCGAGGUUUGAUGCGAAGUUGGUUUAAGUUAUGGCAUCGAAACCUCUGAAAACGUGUGCCUUUUUUAUGUUUAGCCAGUUGUCCUUUGGCAGCAGAUUCCGAAUUGUGGUUUUAUGAAAUCACUGUGCCGGACAAUGCUAACCAGUUAGCCCGGAGUCGAUGCUAAUUGGCUAAGGAAGUUAGCCGGUUAGCUUGCCAGAGGCUGGAUUUCUUGUUUGGCGCAUUUCAAGCCUGUUCUCGGAACACUUAACUAUUUAUCCUGAACCUAAAAGACAGCAUUUCUCUGUUGCUGUCAAACACAAAAUACAUGCACUUUUAUUAUCGGCUUUUUAAAAUGAAGUGUUUCGCCUAAGCGGCUGUUUUAUCGCAAACGCUGCUCUUUUGUUUUGACAAAGGAAGAGGACCCGAGUUUCUUUUUUUAACACAGUUCACAUCUGUUGGGACAGUUACUUUUCGUUUGGCAAUGGCUCCUCAGAAGCAGAGCUCCUCAGGUGGAAGUCACCCCGUGGGCUUUGGUUCUGGAGGAAAAGCCAACGGUUCCUGCCACCAGUCCUCCUCCUCCUCCCUGGCUGUAGCAAAGAAGCCCAGCAUGCAACACAUUCAAGCCGACCACGAGUUGUUCCUGCAGGCCUUCGAGAAACCAACCCAAAUCUACAGGUUCCUUCGCACCAGGAACUUGAUUGCUCCGAUAUUUUUGCACAGGACCCUCACCUACAUGUCCCACAGAAACUCAAGGAAUAAUGUUAAAAGGAAAAGCUCCAAGGUUGACAAUCUGUUGUUCAAAGUGGAAAAGAUGAGAGGCGAACAGGAGACUCACAGCCUGGCCUCUAAUCUGCAGCUCACCUUUACUGGCUUCUUCCACAAAGCUGGGAAGUCAUCUCAGGACAGUGAGAAUGAGCAGAACUCCGUCUCUCUGGAGGUGCUGCUGGUCAAAGUCUGUCACAAGAAGAGGAAGGAUGUGAGCUGUCCGGUGAAGCAGGUCCCCACGGGGAAGAAGCAGGUUCCUCUGAAUCCAGACACCAGCGCCGGAUCUUCCCCCAAGCCCGGCUCCUUCCCCUCCCUGCUGGUUCCAAGCAGCGAGUUUGAACCCAGCAACUCUCACAUGGUCAAGUCCUACUCGCUGCUGUUCAGAGUAUCGAGGCCCGGAUCCCCCCGGACCCAGAUCAAUGGCCUGGUCAACGGAGAGCACCACCACACUAGAGAUUUUGCAGAGGAAAUGUCAAACAGGAAAAGGAGGAGCUCCUCUCUCAGGGAGGAGGGAGAAACCACAUUUGUGGCUCAGAUGACGGUCUUUGAUAAGAACAGACGUCUGCAGCUGUUGGACGGGGAGUAUGAGGUGUCUAUGCAAGAGAUGGAGGAGUGUCCCGUCAAUAAGAAGAGGGCCACCUGGGAGACCAUCCUGGACGGGAAGCGUAUGCCUCCCUUUGAGAGUUUCUCUCAGGGCCCCACCCUGCAGUUCACUCUGCGCUGGACCAGCGACGCCUCCGACCGCUCCACGGCCCCCGUGGCCAAACCUCUGGCCACCCGCAACUCUGAGACCAACCAGGAGCCCCGACCCAGCUCCCUGAGGGCCACACAGACUCUGGCUGUUAAAGAAUCCAUUAAUGCUGACGUCCAAACCAGAAGAGAACUGAUCUCAGCUGAGCCCCGCCAGAAGCUGCGCAUCUUCUACCAGUUCCAGUACAACCACAACACGCGGCAGCAGACGGAGGCCAGAGACGACCUGCACUGUCCCUGGUGCACCCUGAACUGCAGGAAGCUGUACAGCCUGAUCAAACACCUCAAACUGUCCCACUCCCGCUUCAACUUCAACUACGUGCCCCAUCCCAAAGGAGCGAAGGUGGAGGUCUCCAUCAACGAGUGUUACGACGGCUCGUACGCAGGAAACCCUCAGGACAUCCACAGUCAGCCGGGCUUCGCCUUCAGCAGGAACGGCCCGGUGAAGAGGACGGCCGUCACUCACGUGGUCGUCUGCAGACCCAAGAGGACGAAGGCAAGUCUGUCGGAGUUCCUGGAGCCGGAGGAUGGAGAUCAGGAGCCGCCCGUCAUCAGUGGCCACAACCGGCUGUACUUCCACAGCGACAGCUGCGUGCCGCUGCGGCCUCAGGAGAUGGAGGUGGACAGCGAGGACGAGAAGGACCCUGACUGGCUCCGAGAGAAGACUGUGAAGCAAAUGGAAGAGUUCACCGACGUCAACGAGGGAGAGAAGGAGAUCAUGAAGCUGUGGAACCUCCACGUCAUGAAACACGGCUUCAUCGCAGACAACCAGAUGAACGAGUCGUGUCUGGUGUUUGCCGAUCACCACGGCGCCCACAUUGUCAAAAACAACCUCUGUCGCAACUUCCUGCUGCACAUGAUCAGCAUGCACGACUUCAACCUGGUCACCACGCAGACCAUCGACCAGGCCAUGGCCCGCCUGCGCCUCCUGCAGAGCCAGCGCGCUCCUCAAACAGACAAGGAGGAGGAGGAGGAAGAGGAGGAGGACUGGGAGACGGCCGUGGAGUCUCAGCCAGAGCUGGAUCCAGAUCCCGAGCUCGAUACGAUCGACUACACGCCCUGCAAUGAGGGGACUAGCAAAGGCUGCCUGGAGAAUGGGAGGCAGGAGGAGAAAGGUAGAGACGGGACAGACAGAGCGGCCAGCGAGAAGGAACUCUCCGGCUCUGGUUCGGCUUUAAACUGAAUUCAAAUCAGACACCCCCAACAGGAAGAACCUUUAGAGACAGCGUGAGACAAACACACAGGUUACUACAGGGAAUCAUGUUUUCAAAAGCAGGCUACAUCAGACAUCUUCUUACAUCAUGAAGCGUCAGAUGUUUAUUAUUUUAAAACUUUUAGAAAUUGAGAAGUUUAUAUCAAAUUGAAUCUCGGAGUCAUCAGAUGCAGGUGCUACAUCCUCUUUUAUUCCUCAGAAACUCUCGCUGGAAGCAUCCCGUCUGCUUUUUCACAGCGGCCUCCACUCACUAACAACAAGAUGCAUUGUUGCUACACACACACAGUUCCUCCACCGCUGGAAAGAGACAUUUAUGGGAUUUUUUUCUGCCUAAUUUUGGUUCAAACAAAUCAGGAUUAGUCGUCCCAAAUAGGUAACAGGAUCAUCUUUUUCAGGGUUUUUUUUAAUACAUGAAUCCAGGUGCUUGAUCCAGUCGCUUUAGCUUCAAAUCAUCUUGAACCUUUUAGGGACUUUUGCUAACACACACGACUCUGGAAUAUGCUCUUCUGCAUUUCACUUGCGUAUAAAAUAGAGUUGCAGGCCAGCUUCCGAGGGGGAAGGGGAGGCCAUCAACCUGAUUUUAUUUGUUGUCUCAUCAGCUGUUUCCCUCCUGCCGUUAUGUACAUAAGACUCCGGGAAACAUUUAGCUAAUUGUUUUGGAAAGCAACGUGGGAGUUAUUUGUUAUACUUUCUUUUAGUUCACACACCAAAGGGGGAUGAAUCUUCUGCAGGUUGCUCCGCUGCUGUUACUCAUGCUUUUUUUUGUCAAAAUAAAACAAUAGUUCUCUCUUUUAACCUCUGACCCGAUCUCACUGCCUCGAAACAGGAGCAGACGAAGCACAAUGUCCAGAUGAUCGUUUCAGUUUCCUGCUUCACAUUGAACAGUUUAUGGACUGGCUGGCGUUGAUGCAGAUUAUAAUUUGAGGCAUGAUGGGAUUUGUACCGUCUCAUGUUACGACUUUUUAAAAGCUUUAGACGUCUGAUGGGGAGGGAUUCAGCAGGAUCUAGUUUGCCGUUUGGAUCACAUGUGACAGUUCCGAGUGACGUGCAGAGCACUUUUGAUUUUAGAUAGAGCCCACUUUUUCUUUUAUUCACAUGAGACCAGCAGCAUUUUGCACACGAUGAGGAGCCAUGUCAAGAAAAACAAGACUUUUCUUCUACAUUUAUGUAAAACCAGCUUGACGUUGUGAACUUUUAAUGUUGAGUCCGAUGGUUUUCUAUUAAAAGAACAAUUUUGUACAAUAUCA